AUAUAAACAAGUGCCAAAUAUUUAGUUUACUCUCUUUGCAAUUGACCGCAACAAGACAUGACCACUGCAGGAAAGGUUAUUAAAUGUCGGGCCGCAGUUGCCUGGGAGCCCAACGCUCCACUGAUGAUGGAAGAGAUUGAAGUGGCUCCACCCCAAAAGAAUGAAAUCAGAAUCAAGGUUAUUGCUACAGGUGUGUGUCACACUGACCUGUAUCAUUUGUUCGAGGGAAAGCAUAAGGAGGGCUUUCCUGCUGUGCUCGGCCAUGAGGGAGCUGGAGUGGUGGAAAGCAUCGGACCUGGAGUCACUGAGUUCAAACCAGGUGAUAAGGUCAUUCCCCUUUUCAUCUCUCAGUGUAAAGAAUGCAGGUUUUGUAAGAAUCCAAAGACGAACCAGUGUGAGCAUGGCUGGUCUGUUGAUCGCUAUUGUCAGAUGUCAGAUACCACCACGCGCAUGUCCUGUCGUGGACGCCCAAUCCUGCAAUUUAUGGGCACCAGCACCUUCUCUGAGUACACAGUCAUUAACCAGAUUGCUGUAGCAAAGGUCCACGAUGAUGCCCGACUUGACCGUGUUUGCUUGCUUGGCUGUGGAAUUUCCACUGGAUAUGGAGCAGCAAUCAACACUGCCAAGGUAGAGCCGGGCUCAGUGUGUGCAGUGUUCGGACUGGGUGCAGUAGGCCUUGCUGCAGUCAUGGGCUGCAAGAAUGCAGGAGCCUCCAGGAUCAUCGCUGUGGACAUAAACGAACAAAAGUUCGAAAAGGCGAAGGUCUUCGGUGCCACUGAGUUUGUGAACCCUAAAUCCCACAAAAAGCCAAUCAGUGAGGUCCUGAUAGAGAUGACUAACGGAGGGGUGGACUUCUCACUGGAGUGCGUGGGCAAUGUGACUGUCAUGAGAAGUGCACUGGAGUCAUGUGUUAAAGGUUGGGGUGUCAGUACCCUCGUAGGCUGGACAGACCUUGAUGACUUCUCUUCGAGGCCAAUUCAGCUCAUUUCUGGGAAGACCUGGAAAGGAUCCCUGUUUGGAGGGUUUAAGAGUAAGGACUCGGUUCCAAAACUAGUCCUGGAUUACAUGGCUGGGCAUAUAAAGCUGGAUGAAUUUGUGACCCACACUAUGACUCUGGAGCAGGUCAAUGAUGCCAUUGAGCUAAUGAAAUCUGGAGGAUGUAUUCGUACCAUUCUGAACGUGGGAAAAUGAAAAUCAUGACAUGGACAGCGUGGAAUGGCAGGGCUACAUUAGACACAAAUUACUGCCUUUGUUAUGCCUUUAUGCAAAUAAUUAUUUCAUGACUAAAUAAUUUAGUAUUCAUUUUAGUAUUCAGUAGUACAUUUCUAACCACUAACACAAUUUACUAUUCAUUAUAAAGAGAAUGCUAUAAAAUCUAACAAUACUUUGUACUAAUGCUUCAGUAAUCUGUUUGACAAUGUAUUUCUACUAGCCUAUUACUCAAUGAGUUUGUUAUACCAAAAUGGCAUUUCUAACCUUUAAACCACAUAAUAUUUACUGAAGUGUAUGUAAUUAGAUGUUCUAGUCCAGGGUUUCUCAAUCACUGGACUGUCCUGCUCUCAGGAGAAAUCAGUGGGCACCACCUGGACACCUUGUGUUUAAUUAAAAAGCAUAUUUACUAAAGUUGGAACUAAAACAAA